ACCAGGCCGACGGCAUAAAGCGGGUUGGGCGAACUGGUUCCAUAUAAGGGGCGUUCGCCAUCGAAGGUACGGACCACACACAGAGGACUCCAGAACAUUCUUCUUUUCUGUUCGCACAAUGACAGCUUGCGCGACUGAAAAGGGCCUUACAAGUGCGACGGUACCGCUGUCUAUCAAAACACACGGAUACUGACACGGCUCAAAAGCAGACAUGUAGGGGCACUGUCGGCCAGUGGGUCGGGAGAAGCGGGAUAAAGAGGGGAUUACGGAUAAAGUGGCGACAUUUUUCUCUCAGGAUGUUCAGAUUCGGAACUAGUCAAGACAGGGUAGAGUGUUCGAAGGAUUCCAUAGAGAGAAAGUUUGGUGGAACUCAGGCGCUUCAACAGGCGCCUGGGCGCACCAAGUAUCUUUAUCUUCUGGAUGUAACCCAGCCUUCUACGCCACCAAAGCUAUUUUUACUCGGCCGAGUCCUGCGCAUUGGAGAAUAGAGGUUCUCGAAUUUCGAACUACGUGCAGGGACGACGGGACGGAAGCUGAAGCGUGACCUUUUU